AUGGGUGGAGAACCUCACCUCGUCCCCAUUCCAGCUACCAAGACUCUCCCAGUACUGUCCGAGCGCCCGGUCGGCCAACGUAUCACGAAAAUCUACACCGACCGACUGAAGCAGUUCACAGAAAAAGGUCAAUAUGAAGGCCAAAACCUCGUCUCCAAGUUUUUCGAAGCAACCAACUCGGACGAAGACCAUGUCAAACUAUCAGUGUAUUCGGUCCCCAAUCUAGAACGGCCGACGUUCGAGGAAGCAACGUCACAUGAAUUCAAGCCGACUCAUGUUGGUGAAUCGUUCGGACCCAGCUGGUCUACGCAUUGGUUUCGUAUAAAAUUGACUGUCCCUGAGGAUAUGCGAGAAAAGGAACGACUCGAGUUUCACUGGGAUGCCCACAAUGAGGGACUGGUAUGGACCGAGGACGGUCACCCGUUGCAAGGUUUAACCGGCGGCGGCGAACGAGUUGAAUGGAUUAUUCCCGAUGCAUGGCGCGAUGGAAAGGAGCAUAUGUUUUAUAUUGAAAUGGCAUGCAAUGGCAUGUUUGGAAAUGCCCCCGGGGGCGACUCGAUCCAACCGCCGAAACCAGACAAGUCAUACCAACUCGUAACUGCACGAAUUACCACGAUUAAUCUGGCCGCGCGCGCACUUUAUUAUGAUUUCUGGAUUAUUGGCGAUGCUGCCCGCGAGUUCCCUGGUGACUCUUGGGAAGCACAUGAGGCCAAUGUGGUCGGAAAUGCCAUCAUCGAUGCUUUCACUGCAGGCAAUGGAAGCCAGGAGUCUAUCCUCGAGGGUCGAAAAAUUGCUCAAAAGUAUAUUGGGGACAAAGUGGAUUCUUCGGAUGUUUACAAAGCAGAUACAAAUCCAUUUGUGUUUGCUAUUGGCCAUUGCCACAUUGAUACCUGCUGGCUGUGGCCUUGGGCAGAAACUAAGCGGAAGGUUGCACGUUCGUGGUCGAACCAAUGCGACUUGAUGGAUCGGUACCCAGAACACAGAUUUACUUGCUCACAGGCUCAGCAAUUCAAAUGGCUGCAGCAAUAUUAUCCAUCAGUCUUUGAUCGUGUCAAGCGAUGGGUGCGUAAGGGCCACUUCCAGCCAAUCGGUGGUAGUUGGGUCGAACAUGAUACCAACAUGCCGAGUGGAGAGUCUUUGGUCAGGCAGUUCCUCUACGGCCAAAGAUUUUUUGAGAGUCACUUUGGAAAACGAUGUUCGACUUUCUGGUUGCCUGAUACGUUUGGUUACUCCACCCAAAUCCCCCAGAUUUGCCGCCUCGCCGGAAUGAGUCGCUUCUUUACCCAGAAGCUCAGUUGGAACAACAUAAACACUUUCCCUCACACUACCUUCCAAUGGGUUGCGUUGGAUGGUAGCCAAGUGAUGUGCCAUAUGGCUCCCGCAGAGACAUACACUGCAGAAGCUCACUUUGGUGAUCUCAAGCGCAGUGUCACGCAGCACAAAUCAUUGGAUGCCGAUAAAUCCUCCUUACUCGUCUUUGGCAAGGGAGAUGGUGGUGGAGGACCCACCUUCGAACACCUUGAGAAGCUUCGUCGCUGCCGUGGCCUCAGCGACAAGACCGGUACUCUUCCUCGAGUAAAGAUGGGAGAGUCAGUUGACGACUUCUUUGACAAGCUGGAAGCAGCCGCCGCCAAUGGUACCAAGUUUGCCACAUGGUAUGGGGAGCUAUACUUCGAGCUCCAUCGAGGUACAUAUACUACUCAGGCAAACAACAAGCGCAACAAUCGAAAGUCUGAGUUCUUGCUUCGCGAGAUCGAGCUUUUGGCUACAUUAGCUACCAUUCGCGGCAUUGAUGAGAAAUACCGUUACCCAAAGAAGGAGCUUGAUGAAAUGUGGGAGAAUACCCUUCUUUGCCAAUUCCACGACUGUCUGCCUGGAAGCUCAAUCGAGAUGUGCUAUGAUGACUCCGACAAGCUCUAUGCCAAGGUUUUCAAAAUUGGAGCUCAGUUGCGUCAGAAUGCUUUGGCGGCCUUAGGAAUCACAAGUCCCAUCCAUAAUGAAAUUCUAGGAGCUAUCAAUACCUUACCUUGGCGUCGAUCGGAGGUGGUCAAACUUCCGAAAACUCUUACCACAGGACAUGGUUCGAAAUACGCUCUGUUGGAUGGUGAAAUGGGUGUGCUUUCAUGCCGGGAUGUGAAUUUCCAGACCGUCGACUCGGUAACUGUGGUUGAACUAGCGGCUGGAGUUUUCCGUCUUGAUAACGGCAAGCUCACUGUUGAAGUCCAAGAUGGCGUCAUUACCUCACUCUUUGAUGUCUUGGCUAACAGAGAGGUCAUCGCGAAGGGCGGAAAGGCUGGCCAAUUAGUGAUAUUCGACGACAAGCCUCUGUAUUGGCAAGCUUGGGAUGUCGAAGUCUUCCACUUGGAGUCACGAAAGGAGCUUCCUCGCGGCAAGACUGUCAUUGCGGAGAACGGUCCUCACCGAGUAAGCUUGGUGACGGAGACGAAGAUCAGUGACAAGAGCUGGAUAAAGACCACUAUCAGCUUGUCAGCUUCGGUAUCUGGGCCCUCGUCUGUUGAAUUCGAAAGCGAGGUUGAAUGGCGAGAGACUAUGAAGUUCCUCAAGGUCGAGUUCCCCGUAGACAUCACCAACACGGAAGCUUCCUACGAGACGCAAUAUGGUAUCAUUCGUCGUCCGACUCACUACAACACAAGCUGGGACAUGGCCAAAUUCGAAGUCUGCUGCCAUAAAUGGGCCGAUCUCUCCGAGAACGGAUAUGGUGUUUCAAUUCUUAAUGACUCGAAAUACGGCUUCGCAACAUGCGGAAACCUCAUGCGUCUCUCGCUGCUCCGUGCUCCCAAGGCCCCGGAUGCACAUGCAGAUAUGGGUCGCCAUCGCAUUCGUUAUGCAAUCCUUCCACACUCUGGUCCACUCAACGACCGUACCAUCCGUGCCGGCUACAAUUUCAACCAACCACUUGUCAUUGAGAAAAUCAGUUCACAUGCGGUAAACUAUGUUGAUGUCGCGGGCGUUUCGAUUCAGGGUGCACCUUCCGUGAUCUUGGAUGCUGUCAAGCGAGGUGAAGAUGAUGAAGACGUUUCCACCGGGGGCAUUCCAGCCCGCAGUGGGAAGAGUGUCAUCAUUCGUGUUUAUGAAUCUCUUGGCGGCAAAGCUUCUGGAGCUAUCAAGAGUACUUUCCCUGUGAAGCGUGUUUGGAAAUGCAAUGUCCUCGAGGACGACGAGGAAGAAUUGAAAUUCGAGCAGAUCAGUGAUGGUGCUCAGGUGUCUAUUGAGCUGAGGGCAUUCGAGAUCGCUACUUUCCGAUUGCAGCUGUGA